AGUUUCCACUAUAUACACCUAAACCAAAAUAAUAUUCAGCACACAUUUCCUAGUUGAAUCAAGACUCUUCAAUGGCAAUCACUGCAACCACAACCGCAUUUUCUUCGUCCUUCCAUGGAACCUGGGGAGCCACCGUAGCCGGUGAAGAUUAUCACACCAUGCUAGCUAAGAUUGCGGUUGCACCUAGACAGGUUAAACCGUUAAGACAUGGACCAAUGAUGGGAAAUGUGAAUGAAGGCAAAGGCGUUUUCGCUCCAUUAGUUGUUGUCACGCGUAACAUUGUUGGCAAAAAACGUUUCAACCAGAUUAGAGGAAAAGCAAUUGCUUUACAUUCACAGGUAAUCAAUGAGUUUUGUAAAACCAUAGGGGCGGAUACGAAGCAAAAGCAGGGGCUCAUUCGGCUGGCGAAAAAGAAUGGAGAGCGACUAGGAUUCUUAGCUUAAUACGAUACGAUACACAUGUUCAUUGAGUCUAGUUCUUGUAUUAAGAUUAUUUUCUCUCAACUUAAUUAUCUCUAGAUUCAUAUAGAAUUGUUGCUAUAGCAUAAACCAAUAGGAUAUAGCUAGUCCACAAGUACAAAGCAAAGGGAGAUGUCAGAAUUUACUUGUAAACAUCAGCUGAAAGAUAUAUGAUAUUAUAGCUUUGAAUUGAACA